AUGGGGGUUCAAGGAUCAGGAAAGACCUCAUUUUUUACAAAACUUUGUUAUGGUCAUAAACAGAAGGUGUAUACAUCUACACAGUUUAAUGAAACAGUUUGUCGGUUUUUUCCGGGGAAAAAACUGAUUUUAAUUGAUUUUCCUGGACAUUUAAAAUUUUAUCAUUUAUUCACGGAAAUAAAGAAUAUUAAAGGCAUUAUUUUUAUGAUAGAUUCAUCUUCUAUUAUAAAGAAUGCGGAUCAUGUUGUAAAUCAGUUUUAUCGGGUUUUAAAAGAUGCACGUUCCAAGAAAAUUAAAGAUAUUUUGAUUGCAGCGAAUAAAGAAGAUCUUUUUACAUCAUUACCUUGUACGAGAAUAUCAUCUAUCAUUGAAGAAAAGUUAUUAGAAAUUGUAUCACUUCGUUUAAAAGGUAUUGCUGAAAUUGACAAAAAAAUUGAUGAUGAUGAUGAUGAUUGGUUACUUGAUUCCGAAGAAACGGUUCAUUUGAAUAAUAUAAAAGGUUUUAAUAUUGUUAUUUUAUCAGGUAGUGUAAAAAAUGAUCAUCUUUCUCCUUGGAUAAAUUGGAUGUCACAUUUUUUUUAA